GUUCGCAUCUGUCUCACGCACUUCCGCUGAAAAUCUCGCGAGAUUAAGUUCCCUUGGCAACAGUACACCGUCGUGUUUUCAUGGAGAAGUCUGAGCGACAAAAGAUUCAACUCAAAACCAACCAGCCAUAUGACGAGAGUUUUGAAGUGAAUGAAGAGGAGGCGGCCAGUGUGCACACACCAUCCCCAAGACAGAUAGUUUCCAGGAGGACAGGCAGGCAGAAGCAGAGCGGCAUGGCCACUUAUGCUGGAGAUAAACUAGAAGAGGACACUAAACAGAGAAAGAAAGAGCCGCCACCUGGAGCUCGUGCUACUAAUCAGAAUGAUGAAGAGGAUGAUGAGGAAGAUGAUGACGAUGAUGAUGACGAUGAUGAUGAUUCUGAAGACACAGAGUCUGAUGAGGAGGAAGGGGAGCCUGGAUCUGCUCCAGAAGGUGCAUAUGACCCAGCCGAUUAUGAACAUCUCCCUGUGACAACUGAGAUCAAAGAGCUGUUUCAGUACAUCACAAGAUAUACUCCACAGAUGAUAGAGCUUGACCACAAACUGAAGCCCUUUAUCCCUGAUUUCAUCCCAGCUGUGGGGGACAUCGAUGCUUUCCUCAAAGUACCACGACCAGAUGGGAAGGCUGACAAUCUGGGUCUCCUGGUUCUGGAUGAACCUUGCACUAAACAGUCAGACCCAACUGUGCUUUCCCUGUGGCUGUCAGAGAACAGCAAACAACAUAAUGUUGCUGAAGUGAAAGUCAAGAGCAUUGAAAACCCAGAGAAGAACCCCAAAGCCAUAGACAACUGGAUCGAGAGCAUUAGUGAGCUGCAUCGGUCCAAGCCUCCAGCUACCGUACACUACACAAGACCCAUGCCAGAUAUUGACAGCUUGAUGCAAGAGUGGCCGUCUGAGUUUGAGGAGCUUCUGGGGAAGGUGAAUCUCCCCACUGCAGAUAUUGACUGUGAUUUGGCAGAGUAUGUCGACAUUAUUUGUGGAAUCCUGGACAUCCCGGUGUACAAGAACCGGAUUCACUCACUUCACGUGCUGUUCACACUCUACUCUGAAUUCAAAAACUCACAGCACUUUAAAUCUGUAGCAGAGGGCCAGAAAUCCAACACACCGCCUGCUUCACGCACAGCCACUGCUGAAUUAGAAAGACUCACUUUGGACUGAAGUCUCCUUCAUGGUCUAUUUCCAUACAUCCUGUUUCGUUCUUAGCUGUUGUGUUGCUAGUUGAAAAUUUAAGUUACAUUCGGUCAUGCAUCUCAGAUUGUGUGAAUUCUUUAUAAGCUUAUGUUUAGCAGACUUGUAUUAGGAAAAACUAAUUUCUUCAAACUGUAGACUGGAAAUGUGUCUUGAAAAAUCAUAAGAUGUACUCCAACAGUCCACUGCCUAAUUAUGUCAGUUUGCAAUGAAUUGGUCUUUUCUUAUUAAAAGGUAAAACCAGA